GUUCUUCUGUUGAUUGCGAUUCCGGUCGAUGCCAUGGGAAUCUGCUUCUCUUCCGGUACCGGAGACUCUGUCUCCGAUUCAACUCAUCGACCGGCUGCUCAUGUUGUUUCCAUCAACGGCGAUCUUCAUAAAUACUGCCUCCCCGUCUUCGUCUCCCAGGUUCUCCACGCCGAAGCUUCUCCGUCGAUCUUCCUCUGCAACUCCGACAGCUUAUGUUACGACGAAUACAUCCCGGCCUUGGAUGUCGACCACCAGCUGCAAGCUAACCAAAUCUACUUCGUCCUCCCCGUUUCGAAGCUACAGCAGCGAUUGGCGUCCACGGACAUGGCGGCUUUGGCCUUCAAAGCCAGUCGUGCUAUCGAAAACGACUCCAAAAACGACUCUAAUCGCCGCAAGAAGGCUCGUAUUUCGCCUGUGAUAGUGGUGGCCUCCGCCGCCGGCGGAUCGGUUCCCGACGACAAGUCCUUUGCCAAGCCGCAACCUCAGCCGCCUGGGAUGUCGAGAUCUGGUUCCAUUAGAAAAUUCCAGAGAUACACCUCCAGACGAGCUAAACUGGCCGUCAGAUCGUUUAAGCUCAGAUUGUCGACCAUUUACGAAGGUUCUGUUCUGUAAUCUCUGUACAAAUACGUACGUACGUAUACGGAUUGAUCUACCUUUUCUUGAGGUCCAAUGUAAAAUAUACUUUUAUUUAAUUAAUUACAUUCAAAACCUUUACUGUA